CUCAUUAAGAACGUAAAACAUUUGUGAGUCUCCUGCAGGUUUUCUUCUCUGGAUUGUAGAAGCUUGCUGUCAGCACAGCACUCUGGGCCUGGAGAGUUCAGAGAAUCACUUCAAUAAUGUGACAGCCUCAUCCAGUUAAAAUGGAAUUCAAUGCCAGCUUCCCUCAGAGACAUUCACUGAAACUCUGUGCAUGAGUCAUUCCUAUUGUCACUUAAUAAUGUCUCUCACGUUUGCCAGCCAGUGACAGCAUUGCUCAAGUUCAUUAGGCUGGACUGGACUUCCCUGGGAUGUGUGAAGCCUCCCACAGCUCAUUCUGCAUCUUGUUCCAAGCAAGGAGCAGCAGCCCGUGCCACACUGUUGGGGGCAAGAGCAGAGGUGGGUGGGAUCCGGGGCUGACCCCUGCGAGGUGGAUUCUUAGCAAAGUGGUUUGAUACUUAACAAUAGUAAAUCUCCCAAUCCAUGAACACAGUGUUUUCCCUUUUAUUUAACUUCUUUCAGCAGUGUUUUGUAAUUUUUACUAGUUUUUGUUGUUUCUACUCUUCAAUUCCAUUUUUGAGACAAAGAAUGGUAUAUGAAAAUGACAUACCGAUAUUUUCUGUAAAGUUCAUGAAGGAUAUGUAGCCCAGGUAAGCAUGUACAAAGGAGAGCAUGUCACCAUGACCCCUUACAGAGCUGGGAAAGAACACUGUUGUUUUAAGAAGUUACACUGCUAGCAUCAGAAGGAAAAGAAACACUGAUCUUGAUGGCUAAGCAGGCACUCCACCUUGGAGGAGCUGUAGUUAAUGUGUGAUCAGACACACCCUACAUCCCUCUACACACUAAAGGAACCAGAGGGAGGGAGGAGGCCUGAACAAAGAAAUUUUUGUUUAAUUUUUCUUGUCCUGCCUUCAAAUAGAAAUUUUUAUUUCAUCACACUUUAGCGCCUGUAUUAGAAAAGAAAGAUUGCAAAUCAGUAACCUAAUGCUACAUGUUUAGGAGACUAAGAAAAGGAAGAGCAAAGUAAACUUGGUGCCAGUAAAAAGAGCACAAAAGGAAGCAGCAAGCAAAACAUUAAUUCUUUGAACAGCUCAUUGAUAAACCUAGACUAAUUCAGGAAAAAAAACCCCGCAAAUAUCUAAUAGCAGAAAUGAAAGUGGAGCGCAGAGCGGUUUGGUCGUUCGUUGGAAGGAGUUCUUCCGUUCGUUGGAAGUUUUUCCCGUAGCUGAGCUACUGGCUCUUUGCGCAGCAGCGGCAGUGCGGCAGUCGGAGAAGCGGCCUAAAACUUAGGCGCCGAGUAAAAGAAAAUGGCUCGAACCAAGCAAACUGCUCGUAAGUCAACCGGUGGGAAAGCGCCCCGCAAGCAGCUGGUCACAAAAGCAGCCAGGAAAAGCGCCCCCUCUACCGGCGGGAUGAAGAAACCUCAUCGCUACAGGCCCGGGACUGUUGCGCUUCGAGAAAUCCGUCGUCACCAGAAAUCCACCCAGCUUCUGAUCCGGAAACUGCCUUUCCAGCGGUUGGUGAGGGAGAUCGCCCAGGAUUUCAAGACCGACCUGCGGUUCCAGGGUGCCGCCAUCGGCGCGCUGCAGGAGGCUAGCGAAGCCUACCUGGUGGGCUUGUUUGAAGAUACUAAUCUGUGUGCCAUCCACGCUAAGAGAGUAACCGUCAUGCCCAGAGACAUCCAGUUGGCUCGCCGGAUACGGGGAGAGAGAUCUUAAGUGAAGGCGGUUUUUAUGGUGUUUAGAAGUAAAUUCUGUAAAAUUUUGGUUUAAUUUGUGACUUUUUUUGUAAGAAAUUGUUUAUAAUAUGUUGCAUUUAUACUUAAGUCGUUCCAUUUUUCACUCAGGAAGAAGGCGAAAAGGGACUGUUCACAGACCUCAGUGAUGUGAGCACUGUUGCUGAGGAGUAACAAGUUGCUAAUAUGCAGAAGGGAUGGGUGAUAUUUCUUGCUUCUCAUGAUGCAUGUUUCUAUAUGUUAAUGAUUUGUUGUGUAGCUAUUAAGGUACUAGAAUUGAUAAAUGUGUACAGGGUCCUUUUGCAAUAAAACUGGUUAUGACUUGAUCCAAGUGUUUAACAGUUGGGACUGUUAAGUCUGACCAUACAUCACUGUGAUAGAAUGUGGGCUUUUUUAGGAGUGAAGAUACAAGUCUUAACCACAGUGUAACUUAACAGUUUCCUUUAAAAAAAAAAUGUAAACCUGGCAGAUAUAGAAUACACUAUGUGCAUUUACAGUAGCUAUUUUGUAUAUUGUAGUGUCAACAUUUUAAAAUUAAAUGUUUUACAUUGA